CAGAGAACUUAACUAAAACUAAACAAAAGCUAAACUGAGCCUCUAUAUUGCGCAGCUUCUGGGUGCAAGCAUGAUCAAGAAAAUGUCGCCAUCCGAGAACGAGUUUGACAUUCCGGCAAAGAACUGUCAUAGAAUGGUUAUCCUGGGCUCCACAAAAGUUGGCAAGACAGCUAUAAUCUCCCGGUUUCUCAACGAGAAAUUUGAUGACCAAUACACACCAACUAUUGAGGACUUUCAUAGAAAAUUCUACAGCAUCAGGGGGGAUGUGUUUCAACUAGACAUUUUGGAUACAUCUGGACACCACCCGUUCCCCGCCAUGAGGAGACUUUCAAUUCUGACUGGGGACGUGUUUAUUCUGGUGUUCAGUCUGGACAACAGAGAUUCAUUCCAGGAGGUGCAGCGCCUGAAGCGACAAAUAUACGAGACCAAGUCAUGCCUCAAAAACAAGACCAAGGAAAAUGUGGACGUCCCGCUGGUCAUCUGCGGCAAUAAGUGUGACCGGGACUUCUACCGAGAGGUUCAGGCAGAGGAGAUUGACCAGUUGGUGGCCGGCGAUAAGCAGUGCGCCUACUUCGAGAUAUCCGCUAAACGGAACUCUAACGUCGACCAAAUGUUUCAAACUCUCUUCACCAUGGCCAAACUGCCCAACGAGAUGAGCCCAGACCGUCACCGCAAAGUGUCCUUGCAGUAUAGUGAAGUGCUGCACAGAAAGUCGUUCAGAAGCAAGAAGUUCAAAGAUGGGGAUGCUUACGGGAUUGUGGCACCUUUUGCACGGCGACCAAGCGUGCACAGUGACUUGAUGUACAUAAAAGAGAAAGCUAUUGGUGGAAGUCAAGCCAAAGAGAAAGACAGGUGUACUAUCUGUUGAGGACUGUGCAAAUAUAAGCACUUGAGAAAUAGACUGAAAAUGAGACGCAACACGCGCACGAAGCCUUUAGUGUUCAAAGUACGGGAAUU